AUGGUGACUCCCAGCCAACUCAUCCAUACUUCAGACCAGGAGCAGAUGGAGGCUGGUUUGGGGAGCCAGGCCCACAUAGACCCAGAUUGGGCCUCAAAAGUUACAAAGACGAGGGACCGACGGGGACAUGGCGCAGAGAAGAAGGGGGGGAAGGGUGAUGGGACAACUCCGACAGCUGAAAGAGGGAUUGAAAAAGAGAGGAAUGAGGAGAGUGAAAGGAGGGAACGAGGGGUGUGGCAGAGAAGCGGUGGCAGUGAUGGUGAUGGUGGAGCCCCUAAGGAGCACAAAUGCAAAAAUCAGCAUUACACAGAUGUGCAUGGCUUGCCUUGUAUUGAAAAGAUUGUGUGUUCAGUCGAUGAGACACCAGAGCCUUUACAAACAGUCAUCCAUGGGACCAUUCCAAGCUGGAUCAAGGGCAACUUCCUUAGGAAUGGCCCCGGGAAGUUUGAAAUCGGAAAUAACAACUUCAACCACUGGUUUGAUGGCAUGGCUCUGCUGCACCAGUUCAAAAUUGAGAAUGGCGAGGUGACAUACAAGAGCCGCUUUCUCACCAGCGACUGCUACAAGGCCAACACAGAGAACAACCGCAUCGUCGUAUCCGAGUUUGGCACCAUAGCCAUGCCGGAUCCCUGCAAAAACUUCUUCCAGCGCUUUCUGUCACGCUUCGACAUGCCAAAGCCCACUGACAAUGCAAGUGUGAGUUUUGUCCAGUAUAAGGGAGAUUACUAUGUCAGCACUGAGACAAACUUCAUGCACAAAGUGAAUCCAGAAACUCUUGAGGCAACUGAGAAGGUGGACUGGAGCAAGUUCAUUGCUGUCAAUGGCGCCACAGCACAUCCACACAUAGACCCUGAUGGGACAACAUACAACAUGGGGAACUCCUACACCGCUAAAGGGGCAUUUUACAACAUUAUCUGUGUGCCUCCUGAGAAAUCCUCUCCAUCAGACACUCUAGAGGGCGCCAAAGUCAUUUGCUCCAUCCCAUCCGUGGAUAAGACCAAACCCUCAUACUACCACAGCUUUGCGAUGACUGAAAACUACGUAGUGUUCAUUGAGCAGCCCAUUAAAAUGGAUUUGCUGAAGAUCAUCACUGGUAAUCUGAGAGGGAAAGGCAUCAGUGAGUGUGUUUACUGGGAUCCUAAAUAUGACACCAUCUUCCAUUUGAUCAACAAGCACACAGGAAAGCUGAGCCAAAUCGAGUACCACACCAAGGCACUGUCCACCUUCCAUCAGAUCAACGCCUAUGAGGAGAAUGGAUUCUUGGUGAUGGACAUGUGUUGUGCGGAUGACGGAAAGGCCAUCAACAACUACAUGGUCCAGAACCUGCGGAAGUCAGGAGAAGCCCUGGAUGAGGUGUACAACACAAUGUGCAGAGUAUUCCCUAGGCGCUUUGUGCUGCCUCUGAAUGUGAGCAAUGAGACACCUUGUGGAGAAAACCUGAACAGAAGAUUGAACAGUCCAGCUACGGCUAUCAAGACAGAGAAAAAUCGGGUUGACUGCACAUAUGAGGAUCUUCAUGGGGAUGAUCUGCAUGAAUAUGGUGGACUAGAAUUCCCACAGAUUAACUAUGCAAAGUGCAACACCCGUCCUUACCGCUACUACUACGGCUGUGGCUUCCAACACCUUGUGGGAGAUUCCCUCAUCAAGAUGGACCUGGAAGGGAAGAAAAUGAAGGUAUGGCAGAAGGCUGGAUUCUACCCUUCUGAACCUGUGUUUGUGCCAACACCUGAUGCAACAGAGGAAGACGAUGGAGUCAUUUUGUCCGUGGUCAUCACUCCAAAUGAGGACAAGGGCACGUUCCUGCUUGCUUUGGAUGCCAAGUCAUUUGAAGAGCUGGGCAGAGCAGAGGUGCCUGUGAACAUCCCCUAUGGAUUCCAUGGCACUUUCAACGCUACAAACUAA